AUGUUGUCUUCGCUUCGUCAUCAAGUAAGAGCCACCAAGCUUACAGCUGGUGCCAAGUUCUUCUCCACGACUCUGGCCAGGUCCCAGAUUAUCGGCUCAAACGUCAAGGGAAAGGACUUUAAUGCUGCUAGACUCAUGGGCCAGAAAUACCACGUUGUGGACCACGAAUACGACUGUUUGGUUGUUGGUGCUGGUGGUGCUGGUUUGAGAGCUGCGUUUGGGUUGGCAUCCGAGGGUUACAAGACCGCGUGUGUCUCCAAAUUGUUCCCUACCAGAUCCCACACCGUGGCUGCUCAGGGUGGUAUCAAUGCAGCCUUGGGUAACAUGCACCCCGAUGACUGGCACUGGCACUUCUACGAUACCGUCAAGGGUUCCGAUUGGUUGGGUGACCAGGAUGCUAUCCACUACAUGACAAAGGAAGCACCUGCCUCUAUAUACGAAUUGGAAAAUUAUGGUGUGCCAUUUUCGAGAAACGAAGAAGGCAGAAUCUACCAGAGAGCCUUUGGUGGCCAGUCCAAGGAAUACGGUAAAGGCGGCCAAGCUUAUAGAACUUGUGCCGUGGCUGACAGAACUGGUCACGCCUUGUUGCACUCGUUAUACGGCCAAUCUUUGAGACACGACUGCCACUUUUUUAUCGAGUUCUUUGCCAUGGACUUGAUGAUGCAAGAUGGCGCUUGUAUUGGUAUUGUUGCUUACAAUGAAGAAGAUGGUACUUUGCACAGAUUCUUUGCCAACAGAACCGUUAUUGCCACUGGUGGUUACGGAAGAGCCUACUUUUCGUGUACUUCUGCCCACACCUGUACCGGUGAUGGUUACGCCAUGGUUUCCAGAGCCGGCUUGCCCUUGGAGGACUUGGAGUUUGUCCAAUUCCACCCAUCUGGUAUCUAUGGUUCUGGAUGUCUUAUCACCGAGGGUGCUAGAGGAGAAGGUGGCUUUUUGGUCAACUCUGAAGGUGAAAGAUUUAUGGAACGUUAUGCUCCCUCGGCUAAAGAUUUGGCUUCAAGAGAUGUUGUCUCGAGAGCCAUCACCAUGGAGAUCAACGAAGGAAGAGGUGUCGGACCUGAAAAGGACCACAUGUUUUUGCAAUUGUCCCACAUUCCAGCUGCUGUUUUGAAAGAGAGAUUGCCCGGUAUUUCCGAAACUGCCCACAUUUUCGCCGGUGUUGACGUUACCAAGGAACCAAUCCCCAUUUUGCCAACUGUCCACUAUAACAUGGGUGGUAUUCCAACCAAUUGGAAAGGUGAGGUGUUGAAGAAAGACGCACAAGGCAAAGACGAGAUUGUGCCCGGGUUGUUGGCCUGUGGUGAAGCUGCUUGUGCCUCGGUCCACGGUGCUAACAGAUUAGGUGCAAACUCCUUGUUGGACUUGGUUGUCUUUGGUAGAGCCGUUUCCCACACCAUUGCCGGAAACUUGAAACCAGGCACUCCAAUCCCUGAGCAUCCAAAGGAUAUCGGCUACGAGUCAAUUGCCAACUUGGACAAGUUGAGAAACGCCAAUGGUAGCAAGCCAACUGCCGAAAUCAGAUUGGACAUGCAAAAGACCAUGCAAAAGGGAUGUGCUGUUUUCAGAACUCAAGAGACCUUGGACAAAUGUGUUGAACACAUUACCCAAGUCGACAAGGACUUUGCCAACGUCAAGACCACCGACCGUUCCAUGAUCUGGAACAGUGACUUGGUUGAGACUUUGGAAUUGCAAAACUUGUUGACUUGUGCUACCCAGACCGCUGCUUCAGCUGCCGCUAGAACCGAAUCGAGAGGUGCUCACGCCAGAGACGAUUUCCCCGACAGAGACGAUGUGAAUUGGAGAAAGCACACAUUGUCGUACCAAGACGGAUUUGGAGCCCCAGUCAGGUUAGACUACAGAGAUGUCGUGAAGCACACUUUGGACGAUGACGACUGUAAACCAGUCCCACCAGCCAAGCGUGUGUACUAG